UCUAUGACCUGUGGUGCGCAUGCUCAGCUCCUGGCUAGGGAAGAAAGGAAAAUGUCGCUUUCGAGCUUUUUACCCGCGCCGACCCAGCUGUCGCAGGACCAGUUGGAGGCAGAAGAGAGACUCCGGGCCAAGAAGUCGUACUCGACCGUCGUGGUAUCCUCUCGCAAUGAACCCCCGCCAUACGAGCACCGAAAGGGCUGGGUUCCUCGUGCACUUGAGGACUUUGGAGAUGGAGGGGCUUUUCCCGAGAUCCACGUGGCCCAAUUUCCCCUGGAGAUGGGCAGGAAGAAGAAGACGUCCAAUGCCCUUGCUGUGCAGGUUGACGCCGAAGGGAAGAUCAAAUAUGAUUCAAUCGCCAGACAGGGACAGGGAAAAGAUAAGGUGGUCUUCAGUAAAUACACCGACCUGCUUCCCAAGGAGGUCCUGAACGAUGACGCCCCAGAGCUCCAGCGGCCCGAUGAGGAGGCUGUCAAGGAGCUUACAGACAAGACUCGGGCUGCCCUGGACAAACAAGUGUCUCAGAAGAUCGCCGCUGCAAUGCCUGUGAGGGCCGCAGAUAAACAGGCUCCUGCCCAGUACAUCAGAUACACUCCAUCUCAGCAAGGAGUGGCCUUCAACUCGGGGGCAAAGCAGAGGGUCAUCCGCAUGGUGGAGAUGCAGAAGGACCCAAUGGAGCCCCCCAGAUUCAAGAUCAAUAAGAAGAUUCCCAGGGGUCCCCCCUCUCCCCCGGCCCCUGUUCUGCAUUCCCCGAGCAGGAAGAUGACGGUCAAGGAGCAACAAGAGUGGAAGAUUCCUCCCUGCAUCUCCAACUGGAAGAACGCCAAGGGUUACACCAUCCCCCUGGAUAAGCGUCUGGCAGCUGACGGCCGAGGUCUUCAGACCGUUCACAUCAACGAGAACUUCGCCAAGCUCGCCGAGGCACUCUACAUCGCUGACAGAAAGGCCAGAGAGGCGGUGGAGAUGCGUGCCCAGGUGGAGAAGAAGAUGGCCCAGAAAGAGAAGGAAAAGAAGGAAGAGAAGCUCAGGGAGCUGGCCCAGAUGGCUCGAGACCGCAGGGCUGGGAUCAAAGGUCACGGAGACAAAGGGGGUGAGGACACCGAGGCCAGGGAGCGCGACGAGAUCCGCCAUGACAGACGGAAGGAGCGGCAGCACGACAGAAACAUCUCCAGGGCCGCCCCCGAUAAGAGGUCCAAACUGCAGAGAGACCAGGAUCGAGACGUCAGUGAGCUCAUCGCGCUGGGUGUGCCCAACCCCCGCACCACCAGUGAGGCCCAGUACGACCAGAGACUGUUCAACCGCAACCGGGGUAUGGACAGCGGUUUUGCGGGCGGUGAGGAUGAAACGUACAACGUGUACGACCAGCCCUUCCGCAGCGGCAGAGACAUGGCCCAGAACAUCUACCGUCCCAGCAAGAAUAUCGACAAGGACGCGUACGCAGACGACUUUGAGAACCUCACCAAAAACAACAGGUUCGUGCCCGACAAGGAGUUCACCGGGGCGGACCACGCCCAGCGGCGGGAUGGCCCGGUGCAGUUCGAGGAGGAUCCCUUCGGUCUGGACAAGUUCUUGGAGGAGGCCAAGCAGCACGGCGGCUCCAAGAGGCCCUCCACCAGCGGGCGCUCCAACAAGGACGACUACCACGACAAGAAGCGCCGCAAGGAGUGAGCGCCAACACCGCUGCACUGGUGCUAGCGGCGGCGGCUGAGGCUACGCAGCGGCCCUGGGGGGGCUUUGGUAGGACGGAUCGGUUCUUUCAGACCCCUUUGGGGACCCUGCGAGUUCUAUCUGGAACGUUCUGCUGGUUGUUGUUUUUGUGUUGUUUCGGGGUUCUUCCGUUUUUGAAGGAACCCUGAACGAUACAAAAGAGGCCAACAGAAUAUUCAAAAUGUGGCUCAUUUUGAAAGAGGAUGAAUUGUUUUCGUUUUUGACUUUCUUUUACCACGGAGAGUUGCGUUUUGGUUGCUAGGUGAUUUCAAGUGAGUUUACAGCAGUGGUGUUGUCGGCAGUCUGCCAGAGCUGUUUCUGCAUCUCACUAUUUUACUGUUCUCCUUGUAAGCUGCAACCAAUGGCAAUUCAAAGCCCUGGUUAUGUCUUCUUAUUUUUUGUAUAACCAAACCAGCCCCUACAGAAAACUAUCUGGGACUGUUUAUAUUUACUCAUUUGUCUUUAGAAUUUCACCAUCCCAAUGCAAAUAACGAAAUAUUUGCGAAUAAUGUUUUUAUUUAAGUCAUGAGUGUAUUUGUGAAAACAUUUAGCAGCCAAACUUAUACAUACGAUAGUGUAUAGCAUUCCUGUGAAUCCAGCGUACCGUUCCUUACCAUGAUCUAUAAAAUGUUUGACGGAUACAACCUCUGUUAGUGCUUGGAUUUAAAGAAAAGCUCAUCUCUAUAUUUCUUGUACAGUAAAAUACAUUUCCUACCAUGGGAAAGAAAGUC